AUCAACAGCCCAUCACAGACCAAACCUCAGUUUAAAAAGCAGAGAGGAACACAGAAGAAGACAGGAGCAACACAGGAUGAACGCAGAAUCAGCAGGCAAUCGCAGCCCGAACUGCGAGUCCGUAUGCAACGACUCUGCAGCUCUGGAGGAUCAAGGGCCGCCGCUGCUGGUCGACGCCUGGUUGGUCCCCACUUUCUUCGCCCUCAUCAUGCUGGUCGGUCUGAUUGGCAACUCGCUGGUCAUCCAUGUGGUCACCAAGCAUCAGCAGAUGAAGACUGUCACCAACUUCUACAUAGUAAACCUGGCCACAACUGACAUCCUGUUUCUAGUCUGCUGCGUUCCCUUCACUGCUACGCUGUACCCACUACCCAGCUGGAUCUUUGGAGAGUUCAUGUGUCGCCUGGUGAACUAUCUUCAACAAGUGACUGCACAGGCAACGUGUAUCACUCUGUCUGCUAUGAGUGUGGACCGGUGCUACGUGACGGUUUAUCCUCUGCAGUCGCUGCGGCACCGGACCCCCCGCAUGGCUCUGGCCGUGUCUGUGUCUAUCUGGAUAGGCUCUUUGCUUCUGUCCAUCCCUGUGGCCGUGUACCAGCGUCUGGAGGAAGGAUACUGGUUUGGCCCUCAGACGUACUGCAGUGAGGUCUUCCCCACCGUCCACCUCCAGAGAGCCUUCAUCAUUUACAGCUUCGUGGCUGUGUACCUCCUGCCCCUGUUUACCAUCGUAGCCUGCUACACCUUCAUGCUCAAGCGCAUGGGCCGGCCCACUGUGAAUCCCAUCGACAGCAGCUACCAACUACAGGUUCAGGAAGAGCGAGCUGCAGCGGUGCGAGCGCGAGUCUCCCGCAUGGUGAAGGUGAUGGUGGCUCUGUUCCUCAUCUGCUGGGGGCCCAUCCAGGUCUGCAUCCUGCUGCAGGCUUUCGGUCUCCGCAGUUACAUCCUCUAUAAGCUGAAGAUUUGGGGUCACUGCAUGUCCUACUCCAACUCCUCCGUCAACCCGCUCAUUUACGCCUUCAUGGGCAGUAACUUCAGGAAGGCCUUCAGACACGCCUUCCCUGCUAUUUCUCUGUGGAGCAAGAGGGGCAGGGUCAGGGUGGGAAAUAUGGAUGCUGGAGAAGCGGGAGAGAUGGAGCACCACACAUCCAGGGGAGAGGCAGAGAUGCACUUUCUUUCAUCUGCCUCCUAA